AUGUCAACUUCACUAACUCAUAGUCAAUCAGAAACAUUCUCCGAAUCAUCGGUUAUUCCAGCAUCAACAUCAAUGUCUGAAUAUCCUGAUCGUCCUCUUCUAUUUAAGACUGAUGAUGAAACAACUUCAAUGAUAUCACAUGUUGAUGAAAAUAAUGAAAAUGAAGCUGUUGCACCAUUGGUUUCUUCAAUUGCUGGAGAUCAAACUGAUUAUAAAACAACAAAUUUAGAAACAUUAAUGCAUUUAAUUAAAGGCAAUAUUGGUGCCGGUAUUCUUGCUUUUCCUUAUGCAUUAUCAAAAGCUGGAAUAUUGUUUGGUCCUAUUGCUUUUUGGAUAAUGGGUGCAAUGACACUUUAUUGUAUGCAUCAACUUCUUCGAUGUCAUGAUUAUUAUCGAUAUAUUACAUCACGAGAAAAAUGUGAUUUUGGAGAUAUUAUGCGAUAUACAUUAGCAACAUGUCGUUGGAAAUGGAUUCAUCGUUCUGCAAAAUUGGGAAAAUUUGUUAUUGAUGGAUUUAUUGUAAUAACACAACUUGGCUUUUGUUGCGUCUAUUUUGUAUUUGUACCAGCUAGCAUCAAACAAGUUGUCGAUCAUUAUUUUCAAUAUAGUCCACCGAUUCAAAUCUAUCAAUUUAUAAUGUUUAUCUUGGUUAUCGGUUUUUCUAUGAUUCGAAGUCUUAAAGUUCUUGCACCAUUUUCACUUGCUGCUAAUAUAAUGACUAUUGGAGGAUUGUUUAUAAUAAUGCAAUAUAUUGUUCAAGAUCAUAUACCACUUAAUCAAUUACCUCUGAUUACAUCAGCAUCAGAUUGGCCAGUAUUUUUUGCAUCUGCAAUGUAUGUAUUCGAAGGUAUUGCUUUAGUUUUACCAAUUCGACAAAAAAUGAAAGAACCUGAAUCAUAUGGUGGUUGGACUGGAAUACUUAAUAUAGGUAUACUUCUUGUUACAAUUAUGUAUUUUAUUGUCGGCUUCUUUGGAUAUAUUCGAUAUGGAUCAAAAGCACUUGGUUCAAUUACUCUUAAUUUACCAAAUGAUAAUAAAUUAUAUCAAUUUACUAAAAUAAUGUAUGCUGUAGCUAUAUUUUUAACAUAUAAUUUACAAUUUUAUGUACCAUUUUCACUUCUUUGGCCACGUCUUUGUCGAAAAAUUCUUUAUAAAUAUAGUGGACAAAUAGUUACAAAAUGGGAACAUGCUUUUCGUAUUGGACUUAUUUUCAUUACUUGUAAGUAGAACAUAGAAAUUAUUCUGAUCAAAGAAUACGACACAUUCAGAGAGUCACAUUAUUAGGAAAAAAUAAGAUUUUUGAACUUUUUCUAUCCGAAUCGGGACUCGGAUUCUAGUUGUCACAUUCGAUUUUUUUAGUUAUCGUCGCUGCAUUAAUUCCAAAUCU